UGAGACUGCGAGCGGCUGAACAAGGAAACGUGGAAAAAGCGAAAUGGGGGGCAGCGAGGGAGAGAGAGAGAGAUCGAAACACAGAAGAGUCAAUUGCAGUUUUCAAAAUUCAACCGCUCCAAAUCCUCGGACUCGUCUCCACCAUAUCCCACCAGAAUAAAAACCCUCCUCCCAUCCCCUUCCUUCUUCCAUACCCAGAUCGCGUUUCUCCAGAAUUUCGUCGGACCUCUCUGCGCCGAUCCAUUUUCCUGGCGGUUCCAUGGAGUUUCUGGUUCUUCCGGGAGGACAACCCGUCAAAGGCUCGUUCUGUUUGUUUUGAGUAUCUGCUAUUUUCAAUGCUCUUGUAGCUUUAAAUUUAUCUUCCUCUCUUCCUUUUUUUUUCAUCGACUCGCCCACGUUUAAGUCUUCGUUCAAUUCAAAUUUUCAAACCGGGUCGUUAAGUUCUGUUCUUUUGGCAACUGAAAAUUUUUCCCUCACUUUCCUGCGAAACAAUCAAUUCUAACCCUAAAGUCAAAGUCUGCCUUUUGUUGUGAAUUAAGUUUUCCUCCUUACUCGACCUGCCAAGUUCGAAUUCAACCAUGGGAAUUCAGAAAGACAGAGUUAAGUUCAAUGUUGGAGGUAAGAUCUUUGAGACCACAGCAACAACUCUCGCUAUUGCCGGCCGGAAUUCCUUCUUCGGAGCAAUGUUUGACGAGGAUUGGAAUCUUCAAACCGAUAAUUCCGAGGAACGGUUCAUUGAUCGGAACCCGGAUUGCUUUGCUAUACUCCUAGACCUCCUCAGAACAGGGGAGCUCUACAUCCCCCAAAACAUCCCAGAAAAGCUCCUAUACAGAGAAGCCCAAUUCUAUGGCCUCCUUGACCAUGUCAGAGCUGCCAAAUGGGGCCAAUUCGACGGCAACAGGCUCCGGUUUUCCCUGUCGAUAGCCGGCCAGGCGCCGGGGGAUGGCACGGCCAUCCGGGCUGGCCCGGACGGUAGCUGCUGCGUAGCACACGGCAGCAUGGUACAUGUGUAUGAUUGGAUGCUAGAAGAGCACCCUCCAAUCAAUCUUGAUUACCAGAGGGUCAAUGAUGUUGGCUGGAUGGAUCCUAAGACCAUCAUUGUCAGUGCCUGCGAGCGGCUAGGCCGAGGUGGCGGCGGCAUGGCUCUGUUCAAGGCCUCAACGGGCGAGCUCAAACACAGAUUUCAGGUCUCACAUGAGGAUCAGGUGAAGAGCUACACAGGUGGUGCCUUGAGUUUUAGCUCAGAUUACAAGAUAUUUUCUAGUUGUAAAGGGAGGAGCAAUGAGUACGGGAUUGGCGUUUGGGACCAGAUCACAGGCAAGCAGAUUGAUUUCUAUUAUGAACCACUAGGGUGGUCACUUGGUGAUGCAGACAGGCUGCAGUGGCUCCAUGGUGCCAAUUGUUUGUUGGUAGCUACUUUGUUUCCUAGGAAGGACAACUGUUACAUUAGCUUGUUGGACUUUAGGGAAAAGAGCAUGGUUUGGGCCUGGUCGGACAUUGUAACUCCGGCAACUAAUGAGAGGCGAACCACUGAUGAGAGGCGGGUUCGGGAUGCGAUAGCUAUGGAUGAGACUAGUUCCAUAUGCGUGGUGAAUGAGUAUGAGGACUUAGGGUUCAUAGAUUUGAGAAGCACUGCUGGGAGCCUAAGAUGGUGUUCAAGGAGUCGGCUAAUGAAGGGGAAGAUGCCGGAAGAACCUUGCUAUCCUAAACUAGCAUGGCAUGAGGGACAGCUCUUCUCUUCUAUGAAUGAUAGUAUUUCAGUGUUCUGUGGCCCUGACUGGGUGUUAACUUCGACGCUCCGGCGCAGUUAUGGAGGUUCAAUCUGUGAUUUCACAAUUGGGGGUGAUAGGCUUUUUGCUCUUCAUAGUGAGGAGAAUGUGUUUGAUAUAUGGGAGACUCCUCCUCCUCCAAUUGCAUAAUUUUGCUGAAUGGUAGUUUGGUUUCUGCAGUUCUGUUCUGGUUUGUCUCUUUUGACUUGUAGAGGAUGAAAUACCAAUUGAUACCUACAGAUUAGGAAGUAUUGAAAGGGUUUAGGGUUUGUGUGUACAGCAUUUCUCACAUAUGACAUUAAUGAAACCGAUUGCUUUAACUUCCAUGGUCUCAGAUCUUUGUUUCUGUGUACUAAAUGUUUGAACACACAGUUAAGGGUCCACUUCCAAAUUCAAUUAAUGGUUCUAUACGUUUCUUCUUCAA